AUGGUCUCUUCCAAAGCGCUCUUUGCAGGUCUACUGGUGCACAGGGCAUGGUCGUAUUCACUUGUACCAACCGGCCAAACCGUGGAGUUGGACGGGGUCCCAUACUAUCUGCCUGCCGAACCUGUCACCACCCUACACGACGAGAACACCUUACGCAGUAAAGCCUUGGAGUGUGGAGGUCUGGUACCACUGACUGUCGUCAUUACGAACAGCACCCAAUACAAUAGCCAAAAUCUUCAAACCACGAUAUCGACGUAUGCCGCGACUGAUGAUGUCUUCUCUAACGGAUUCCUCGCGGCGAUAUACAUACAACAAACCGACAUCAAGCCCCGGGGAUACAGCCGGAGCGACCUAGACCUGAGGACUACGACGAAUACCACGAACAGUAUCGUUUCAAGUACUCUUAUUUCCGACCGCAGCAAUAUGGUACCCCCUGGCCCUUAUUUCCUAGCCUCGACAGGAGCAGUAUACCAAGCUUGGCGAUUGUACAGCGAUUUCGCUGGAUCCUUUACGGAAUCCGUGAUCACAAGCAAUGGAGGCAAGAGUUUCAGUGUGCUCCCAGCCGGCGUGAUGGGCCAAAGUAUUGCCAUAGCCGUGCCGUCACGACUGUAUUACAUCAAGACGGCCUCCCAGCCGCUCGCAGGAGUCAGGUUGGGUGUCAAAGAUAUCUACGACAUUGCCGGUGUGCGCACGGGUAACGGUAACCGCGCAUGGUACAAGCUAUAUCCAUCCGCCACAGCGCACGCAACACCCGUGCAGAGGUUGAUCGAUGCCGGCGCAGUGAUCGUAGGGAAGAUGAAGACCUCGCAAUUUGCAAACGGUGAGUCGGCGACUGCCGACUGGGUAGAUUACCACAGUCCGUUCAACCCCCGUGGAGACGGGUAUCAGGAUCCUAGCUCUUCCAGUUCUGGACCUGGUUCUGGUGCCGCGAGUUACUCAUGGCUUGACUUGACUUUGGGAAGCGAUACCGGAGGGUCUAUCAGAGGACCCAGUCAGGUACAAGGUCUAUACGGUAACCGGCCCAGUCACGAUCUGGUGUCCCUGGAAAACACCAUGCCUUUGGCACCAGAGCUUGAUACUGCGGGCUUCCUCACCAAAGACCCAAUAUUGUGGAUGGAAGCUGCAAAAGUACUUUAUGGUUCCAACAUCACCAUUGCUAACCGAUACCCGAAGAAGAUCAAGACUGUGUCUUUUCCCACAAAUGUUUCCGCAGAUGGUGACGAGUUGAUCCUGGACUUUCUUGAAGGAUUGACCUCUCUGACCGGGGCUCAAGUCGAGACCUACGAUCUCGAGGCGCAUUGGAAUUCCACGAACCCCACGGGGGCGGCAAACACAACGCUCUUGGAUCUGCUGAGUACGACAUAUCCAAUUAUCAUCUCUCAGCGCCAAACAGCGCUUGUGCGAGACCCAUUCUAUGCAGACUAUGCAGCGCUUCACGAUGGUAGACUGCCGGCAGUGAACCCAGCGCCUCUGCUGCGUUGGGCAUAUGGCGAUUCAUUUCCAAAUACCACAGUGGAUGUUGCGAAUGCCAAUCGAACUUUGUUUGGAGACUGGAUAAACAACGAAGUCUUGCCUUCCAACGAAGAGACGUGCAGCGAAAGUUUGAUGCUCUAUAUCGGCUCACAGGCGGACGAGAACUACCGGAACGAGUAUGGAAGCGGCCCAACGAUUCCAUUCGGGACUCGGUCGUCUACCAUCUCACGCGUCAGUCCUUUUUGGGGCGGACCAGACUUUGUCCUUCCUCUUGGCUCCGCUGCAUAUUUAAGCAAUAUCACGAGACACGAGGAGUAUUUGCCAGUCACAGUUGACAUCCUAGCAGCGAGAGGCUGCGAUGGUAUGAUCUAUGGCUUGGUGCAGGAUCUCGUUGCGGCCGGUGUGCUAAAGCCCAGCUUGGCUGGCUAUUCUUCUGACCUGGGUGGCGACAUUCUGCUUAAGCGUGGGCUGCAAUAG